UGAUUUUGAUUUUUUUUUUCAUUCGAGUCAAAGUCUUUCUUCAGCGUCGCAAAAUGGUGGAUCCGCCGGUGGGUUAUAGAUUCCAUCCGACGGACGAGGAGAUAGUGGGAGAUUACGUGAGGCCAAAGAACCUAGAGAGUAACACGAGUCAUGUAGAUGAAGUCAUGAACACAGUCGAUAUAUAUGAAUUCGACCCUUCGGAGUUAGCUGGUAAGUGCAAGUCGAGGAUUAAAUCGACAGAUGAGGUUUGGUACUUCUUCGGAUGUAAGAAGAACCAACAACAAAGUAAGAAAAGAGAGAGACAGAGCAGGAGAACCAAGUCUGGUUCUUGGAAGAAAACCGGAGAUACGAUGAACAUCUUCCGAAAGAGAGGAGAUCGCGAGAAGAUUGGUGAGAAAAGAGUUUUCGUGUUCAGUAGCAAGAUUCUUGGUGAGUCGAAACCGAAAUCGAAGUCGAAAUCGGAUUGGGUAAUGCACGAGUACGUGGCUACCUUCUUGUCUCCUACUGAUCAGACGACGACGAUGAUGAUGAAAUAUACAGUGUGUAAAGUAAUGUUUAAGGGUGACCCCAGAGACUUACCUUCUUCUUCUUCUUCCUCUGCUGGUGAAAAUGAGCAUCAUCUCUCUUUGAUCACUCAUGUGAACAGUAGUAACUCGGGAGGACUGAGUACAGAGACAGAGGUGGAUCCACGUCACUUUACUGGCUUUCUUCAUCUGGAGGAAGAAACUCAACUCGAAGAUGCGAUACGCAGGGCUAUCGACAAUGUUUCAACUGAUGAUUUGAACUUUUUGCUCAAUAAUAAUGAUAAUGCCGAGAAAGAGCAGGGGAAUACUAUGUUUAUGCAAGAGGAUCGCAACGACUACAGACCUAAAAUGUCACUGACCGGUGUGUUCAUUGAUCGUAGCGAUGAUGACAGUGAUUUUGAUUCCAUAUCUUCAACAACAACAACAACAGGUUCCAUUAAAACUUCGAGCACUUGUGUUAGUUUUGGUUUCUCAAAUCAUCCCAUACACCUGCCAGGCAGCUCAACUAUCGAGUCAGGGUCAGUCACUCAAGAGGUGAGUGAAGCUCUAGGAACCAACACUGUUACAUCCGAGAAGAAGAUGAAUCCUUGUGAUGACGAUGCACAAGUAAGUGAGAUCGUUGGGGAUCAAAUGGGCCAGGAGAUGGUGAUCAAGAACAAAAGAGCUGGUUUCAUUUACAGGAUGAUACAAAAAUUCACCAAGAAAAUCAAGCUAUAUUCAUGUGUCACAGGAAUAUGAUAUACCAAUAAAUGAGAUAAUUAAGAGUACCUUUUGUUGUGUGGACCGAGUUAAGUUCCCUCUUGUCGGGUUAUGAAGUCGUGGAGUUUUGGUUCUGUGGAUGUUAUCGUUUGGCGGGCGUGAACAGCAGCGGUAAAUCGUGGUAUAAUGGAUGUAGGAGGUGGAUAUUAUCGCGUGGCAGGCUAUAGGUAACAGCAAAAAUUCUUCAUUAUUAGAUACUAUUUGGAUUUAAAUUUGCUUAUUUAAUUUGAUAAGUCAUUCAGUUUUAAGUUGACAUGUUUGUUUGUUGUCUUAAGUUAUUUUGGAGUGGGUUCUAGUUGUCGCCUUCGUAUGUGCUUUUGUGUCUAGAGAUUGCUUUUUUCAUCCGCCAGUUUAUGUAUCAA